CUUAGCUUCCGGCUUUUAUAUAAAUUUUAUUUCGACCGAAUUAUAGAUUUGUUUUCGUUUCUCGAAUUAUAAAAAUAUAGAAAACAAUACAGUUGUUUCAUUCCAUCAAGCUAUCAAGCUUCGUCUGAAGCUCGAGGAAUUUCAUGACAAGCAAAUGAUGAAAAUCCGUAUCCGUCAGGUGAACCCACACAUUGUGUGUUCACUAUGUGCAGGCUAUUUCAUAGAUGCUACCACAAUCACAGAAUGCCUUCAUACAUUUUGUAAAAGCUGCAUUGUUAAGUAUCUUCAAAGUAGCAAAUGUUGUCCUCAUUGUAAUAUGAAAAUUCAUGAAACCCAGCCUUUGGCAAACUUGAGGGCUGACCGGACAUUACAGGAUAUUGUCUAUAAGUUAGUGCCUGGACUCUUUGAAAAUGAAGAGAAGAGAAGGGAAGAAUUUUAUAACUCCCGUGGCCUUGGAAAUGAAAAGAAAGAUGGAGAUGAAAAUACUCUGUUGAAACCAUCAACAAUUAUAAACCACCCUGACGGACACCAAUAUAGAUUUGAUGAACAAAUUUGUCUCUGUUUAGAGCGAUAUGGACCUCAGUCAGUUCAGAAUGGCUCCUAUCAGCUACGGCCACUUGAGAAGAAAUUUGUCCGUUGUUCUAUCCGUGUAUUAGUGUCACAGGUCAAAGGUCUUUUGCGGAAAAAACUCUCCUUGCCUGAAUAUUUGGAUUUGGAUGUAUUAUGUCAAGAGGAAAAGUUAAUGGAAGAGAUGAGCAUGAAGCAAUUGUUUCUGAUGCAUUGGUUUCAGAAGGAUUCCCCCAUGGUAUUAUUUUAUCGGUUAAAACAACGUUACAAUACAUCUACUGAAUGCAGCUCAUGAAAUAGAUGAAGCAAUUUACAAACGAAAUAUUAAUUGCUAAAGAACAUUCCUGCUUGAUUGUUGGACGGCAUAAAUUACAAAUUAGAAACUCAUUUUAUUUGAGAAAAAAAAGUGAAAAAAAAAGAAGGUAAAGCAAAAAUCAAACAUAAGUGAAGCGUCAGACAACAUACCUUAUGGUAGUUGGUUAAAUCCCUUCCCUGUAUGUUUUGACCUCAAAUCCUGCCUGGGUCAACUUUUGCUUUCCUCCUGUCAAGGUUGAUAAAAUAACUAUGGUGAUCAAUAAUGACCUCAGUUGAAAGACCAACCAGUAAAUGAGUGAAGUAAUAU